AUGGCGGGCGCAGACGCGAAGUUUCCUAUUGACAUGAGCAAGCUCCAGAAGCUGGAGCUUGACCCUUCUAAGCCCCAGCUCACGACGGAGCAGCGCGCCACGUUGAAGAACAACGUCCAGAUCCUGCGCGAUGCUAUUGUCUUGUUUACUGCUACUGGUGCCGCGCGCGGCGUUAGUGGGCACACUGGCGGUGCCUACGACACCAUUCCCGAGGUGACCAUGCUCCUAUCCCUCUUCAACCACUCGGACACCUAUGUCCCCAUUCUCUUUGAUGAGGCCGGCCACCGCGUCGCUACCCAGUACCUUGUCUCCGCCCUCGAGGGCCACCUUCCCUGGGAGCACCUCUUCCAGUACCGCGCCGCAAACUCGAAACUCCCGGGCCACCCUGAGCUCGGCCUCACACCGGGUGUGAAGUUUUCUUCUGGCCGUCUUGGUCAUGUCUGGCCGUUUGUCAACGGUGUCGCGUUGGCCAAUAAGGACAAGACCGUGUUCAUGCUCGGCUCCGACGGCUCUCAACAAGAGGGUAAUGAUGCCGAGGCCGCCCGUCUGGCUGUCGCUCAGGGUCUCAACGUCAAACUCAUCAUCGAUGACAAUGACGUGACCAUCGCUGGCCACCCCUCGGAAUAUCUGAAGGGAUAUGACAUCAGCAAGACGCUUGCUGGACAUGGCCUCAAGGUCGUCACCGUUAACGGCGAGAGCUUCGAUGAGCUCUGGAGCGGCCUCUGCGAGAUUAUCUCCCACAAGGGUCCUGCUGCCGUUAUUUGCAAGCGUAAGAUGGCGCCAGGCGUCCCGGACAUCGAGGGCAGCACCCACGGUCACGAUGUUAUCCCUGUGAAGGGCGCCUUGAAGUACUUCCAGUCCCGCGGCUACCCCGACGAGAUGGCGGCGAACAUUCUCAACAACAUCAAGCCUAACUCGGUCUCUUACACCUACAUGGGUUCCUCGAAGGAGGUCGGUGCGAACCGCGUCGUGUUCGGUGAGGCGGUGAACGUGGUCCUUGAUACCAUUUCCAAGGAGGAGGCCGCGAAAAAGGUCAUGGUCAUUGACAGCGAUCUCGAGGGUUCGACCGGUCUCAAGGUCAUUCACCAGAAGCACCCUGAAGUCUUCGUCCCCUCUGGUAUUAUGGAGCGCGGAAACUUCAGCGCGGCCGCGGGUUUCGGUUUUGACAAGGACAAGUUCGGUGUCUUCUCGACCUUCUCCGCGUUCCUCGAGAUGGUCAUCUCCGAGAUCACCAUGGCUCGCCUCAACUCCUGCAACGUCCUGUGCCACUUCUCGCACUCGGGCGUGGACGAGAUGGCGGACAACACGUGCCACUUCGGCAUCAACUCGUUUUUCGCCGACAACGGUCUCGCGGACACGCAAACGUGGAUGUACUUCCCCGCGGACCCGGCGCAGAUGGUCGCGAUCAUCAAGAGUGUCUUCUUCGAGAAGGGCAUGCGCUUCGUGUUCUCGACGCGCUCGAAAGUCCCCUGGAUCCUGAACACGGACGGCUCGCGCUACUUCGAGCACGAGAGCUACAAGUUCGUGCCCGGCAAGGACGAAGUGAUCGUCGAGGGCAGUGCCGGCUACGUGGUCUCCUACGGCGACAUGCUCUACCGCUCCUACGACGCCGUGCUCCGCUGUCGCGAGAAAGGCAUCGACGUCGGGCUGGUGAACAAGCCGACGCUCAACAUCAUCGACGAGGACGCGAUCCGCAAGGUCGGCGCCAGCAAGUUCGUUCUUGUCGCGGAGUCGCUCAACCAGAAUACCGGGCUGGGCUCCAAGUUCGGGACCUGGCUCCUUAAGCGCGGUCUCAUCCCCCGCUACGACCACAUCGGCACCCACAAGGAGGGCUGCGGUGGUCUCAGCGAGCAGAUCCCCCACCAGGGCCUCGACCCCGAGUCGAUCAUGAAAAAGAUUAUCGAACUCGCGCAAUAG